AUGUUUCCAUGUAAAAUACCGGUCGCUUUUCCACAAGCUUUUGGUUUGAUGUCCCAUAUUAUUAUCUGUUUUGCAGCUAUUGAUCAGUUGAUGUCAACAUUACUACAUACAUCUCGGCAACGCUUCAGUAUCGAAUUGAUGCAGCGUCUAAUCACUGUGGCUAUUGUUAUUUCUAUUUUAUACGGUAUUCCAUUUCUUAUCUAUUACGAUUACGAUGCACUACCACUUUCUGGAACCAAUGGAACAGCAUGUGUGCCAAAUGAGAAUAAUGAACUAUUUUCGAAAUAUACAGUAUAUGCUGGAGUUCCUAUUAUGAAUGGUUUUUUGCCUGUCACUAUUAUGAGUCUAUUUGGUUUAUUAACUUUUCGUAAUGUUCGUCACGUGGCUAAGAAAAAUAUACCAAUUGCACAUAUACAUUUAGAACAAAAGUUAACUGCAAUGGUUUUAAUCAAAAUUCUCAAUGUUUGUCUCACUGUUAUCCGAUUUCUUAUUUUUUUUCUGUGA